AGUUGUGCGCGGUGUGGACUUGUGUGUGCUGAGCUCUUGCGGGGCAGAGUGUGUGAGGGAGAGAGAGAGUGGUAGAGUUCAGUUUAGUCUCAGUGCGCUUUCAGCAGGGCUGCUACUUUAGACAGUUGCAGAAAAGAGAAGGGAAAGAACAGAAGGGGGGCUGAGUAGAUAAACAGCCUCAAGGCUCGGAAAGAACACACAUAUACACACACAGACACAAACACAUUCAUAGAAGAGAAAGCAAGUGUGCUGAGGCACUGGCGUUCGUUGAUGGUCAGUUUCGGUGCCUGAGUGUUCUGAGCACUCCACCAAGAGGGAUGUGAUCACCAUGUGCUUUAUACACUGACUGACCGCACAUCCACACAUUCACACCUGCUCCACCCUCAGGUGCUGCCGUUCUGAUCUGGACUGCUGAUAUUAGCUGUGUUCUCUGAAGCCCUGGGGACUGGACUGCACAGUGCCAGCGGGUCAUCAUGGACUACUUGUGGGGGUUCAUGGUGCUGCUGUUUGGGAUCAGUGCGCCCAUGAGAGGAGUGGACGCACAGCAGGCCAAAAACAACGUACCUAGGCUCAAGCUUUCCUAUAAAGAAAUGCUGGAAUCAAACAACUUGCUUACUUUCAACGGACUGGCCAACAGCUCUGCCUAUCACACUUUUCUGCUUGAUGAGGAGAAGGGCCGGCUCUUUGUAGGAGCGAAGGACCAUGUCCUGGCCUUCAACCUUAUCGACAUCAACAUGGACCAACAGCUGAUAUCUUGGCCUCCCUCUUCAUCGCGUCGAGAUGAGUGCAAGUGGGCUGGUAAAGAUGUUCAGAAAGAGUGCUCUAACUUUAUUAAGGUGCUGCAGCCAUUUAAUCACACUCACCUGUAUGCGUGUGGGACAGGAGCCUUCCACCCCGUCUGUGCCUAUGUGGAGGUGGGCAAACGACCAGAGGACAACAUCUUCAAGCUGGAGUCAUUUGAGAACGGCCGUGGAAAGAGUCCCUAUGACCCAAAACUACAGACCGCUUCCCUACUUAUUGAUGGUGAGUUGUAUGCUGGGACGUCAGCCGACUUCAUGGGGCGGGACUUUGCCAUUUUCCGUACAUUAGGAGAGCAUCAUCCAAUCAGAACGGAGCAGCAUGAUUCAAGGUGGCUCAAUGACCCCAGGUUCGUAAGUGUCCACCUCAUUCCUGAGAGCGAUAACCCUGAAGAUGAUAAGAUCUACCUGUUCUUUAGAGAGAACGCCAUUGACGGAGAACAAACUGGCAAAGCCACACAUGCCAGAAUUGGACAGCUGUGUAAAAAUGACUUUGGAGGUCACAGGAGUUUGGUGAAUAAGUGGACCACCUUCCUGAAAGCUCGGCUCAUCUGCUCCGUCCCCGGGCUCAACGGCAUCGACACACACUUUGAUGAGCUGCAGGAUGUCUUCCUUAUGAGCUCAAAGGACCCCAAGAAUCCUGUCAUCUAUGCAGUGUUCACAACAUCUAGUAACAUCUUCAAAGGCUCAGCAGUAUGUAUGUACAGCAUGGCUGACAUUAGAAGGGUGUUUCUGGGUCCCUAUGCUCACCGAGAUGGGCCAAACUACCAGUGGGUCCCCUUCCUAGGCAGAGUGCCAUACCCACGGCCUGGCACGUGUCCAAGCAAAACCUUUGGUGGAUUUGAAUCUACAAAAGACCUGCCUGAUGAUGUCAUUACCUUUGCACGAAGUCACCCUGCUAUGUACAACCCAGUGCUUCCCAUCAACAACCGUCCAAUCAUUAUUAAGACUGACGUGGAUUACCAGUUCACUCAGAUAGUGGUGGACAGAGUGGAGGCGGAGGAUGGCCAGUAUGAUGUCAUGUUCAUUGGCACAGAUGCUGGCACGGUUCUUAAGGUGGUAUCAAUUCCCAGAGGCACUUGGCAUGACUUGGAGGAAGUCUUACUGGAGGAGAUGACUGUGUUCAGGGAGCCAACUGCUAUAACCGCUAUGGAGCUGUCCACAAAACAGCAACAGCUAUACCUGGGCUCCUCCAUUGGGAUUUCCCAGAUGCCCUUGCAUCGCUGUGACGUUUAUGGCAAGGCCUGUGCCGAGUGCUGUUUGGCGCGAGAUCCUUAUUGUGCCUGGGACGGCUCCCAAUGUUCCCGAUACUUCCCCACUGCCAAGAGGAGGACUCGGCGCCAGGACAUCAGGAAUGGAGACCCUCUAACCCAGUGCUCCGAUCUGCAGCACCAUGAUGAAGAGAAUGGGGAGAACACGCUGAUGGAUAAGACGGUGUAUGGGGUGGAGAACAGCAGCUCUUUCCUGGAGUGCAGUCCUAAGUCACAGCGUGCUCUCAUUUACUGGCAGUUCCAGAGACACGGAGAGGACAGCAAGCAGGAGAUAAAGGCGGAUGAGCGAGUUAUGGGCACCGAGCAGGGUUUGCUGAUUCGGACGCUGCUGCAGAAGGACUCAGGUGUAUACUACUGUCAUGCAGUAGAGCACGGCUUCAUCCAGACAAUCCUGCGUCUCACCCUUCACGUCAUCCCCACCGAGCAGCUGGACGAGCUGCUACACCGUGAGCCACCAGACAGUGGCCGGACACCCCAUGCCAAGCUGUGGUACCAGGACUUCUUAUCUCUCAUCGACCCCCCCAGCCCUAACAGUGUGGACCAGCUGUGCGAGCAGGUGUGGAAGAGGGAGAGGAAGCAGCGGCGGCAGAAGGCCCACCUGCUGCAGGCCAGCCAAUCUCACACCGCCCAUCUACUGCACACCGGCCAGUCACACGCCAGCAAGUGGAAGCUCAUGCAAGAGAGCAAGAAGGGGCGCAACCGCAGGACGCACGAGACGCAGCGGGCGCCCCGUAGUGUGUGAGCCUGCUGACAGAACUGCAAAUACAAAUAGACAGAAAUAUGACACAAAAAGAGAAAAGACUUUGCAGACUGUGUUGCUGAAACAGAGAAAGAGACAGGAAAUGUGAAUGCAAUAUUCCACCCCUCCUGCAGUAUGUGAGGAGGAAUGUUUACCUUUUUCGGCAGUAGAACACACUCACACUGGGCCAGACUCUGGGAGCAGCCAGUGGAAAACUUUCCCUCAUACGCAGACUGGACAGUGACGUCCAGUAACAAUAUUCUGUAAAUAUUACACAGAAUAAAAGGAACUUCUUUGAGACAGACUUCUGUCUCUCAGCAAAGACUGUUUCGUUUUGGUGAGGAACACAGAACUGUAAAAGCAGGAGAGCAAAAGACCACUGUUUAACCUUCCUUCAGAUUAAGCACAAUCCCUGUGCACAUAUACUGCAUACAAAACCUCUUCAGUUAACUGUAUAGGGUGUGAUAUAUAUGUAUGUAUGUAUCUGUUUAUCAAAACUGAAAGCCAUUCGCUGAAGAUUCAACACGUUUCUGCGCUCCUCUUUCUCCAAACCAGUUUUUGCCUCUUUUUUGUUUUAUUUUCAACUGUCCUAAAAGCAAAAUCUGUCCCGACCAUUAAUGGGUAAUGUGUGUUCCUCCUCUGAAUAAGCUCUUUCAGCACAAAUACAUGUCUUAGAUAUAUUUUAGAUUAAUAUUUAAUUUUGUCAUUUUUUGUCAGAGUUAUGUCAAAGUACUGCAUAAUACAGAGUUAUUUUAUUAAUGGGGUUUCUUCUCUCACUCAAACUGCUGCAUUUUUUGGGGGGGGGGGGGUCAACAUUUUGUAUGUAUUCCUUUAGAGCUUCCAAAUGCAAUCUGCUCAUUAGCAUUGCUUAAAGGGCCCAUAUCAUGAAAACCUGAUUUUUCUUUGCUUUUUUAAAAUAAGAGUUUGAUGUAUGUGAAACAUUGAAUCUUAAAGUUUCCAAACGUGCCGUUUAAUGCUCAAUCCAUAAAUAGAAACUAAGCAGCAGUGACUGUUUUUGUAAUGGCACUUAAACCAACACAUUAACAUAUAUCUGCCUAUUCAGCCUAUAGCAAUAAAGCCUUACAUACCCUUUCAUGCUGAAGCUGUAAAGAGUGUUUCAGCCCAAAAUAAGGCACAAUACAAUACCAAAACUAAUCAGAACUCAUUUACAUAUAUCCUAAAGGCACAAUAACAAAACUUGCCUGUUUAGUUUUAAAGAAUAAAGAGAAAUGGUCAGUAAAAAUGGAUUAAGGCUAAAAAAAAAAGGCCCUCGGGAGAAAAUAAAAUGCAAGAGAAAGUAGGAUAUGGGCCCUUUAAUCUCUUUAUGUUGAGCAUAAUGUUAUAAACAGUGGCCACCGUACCUCCUCCAUGGAGAGCAACUUUCCUGCAGAGUUUAGUUCCAGCCUGAAUCUAUUAUGUUACCUAACAGUAAUGUAUCUGAUUGGUCAAUCAAGGACUUCUGAAGGAGUCAGCUAUCUGGAGCUGCCAUACCGACUCUGGUUGGAAGGUAGAUCCAGAAAGUUGGUGACCACUGGUAUAAAAACUGCACAUCAUCAGUGUGAUUUAGUCUAUUUAAGUAUGGGAUGUAUCAUGAGUCUCUGUCAUGAGUCACAUAUUUUGAUGGGUUGUUUGUUUUCUCAACAGAGUGGAGUCGAGCGUUAACCUGUUGAAGCUUGACUCCUUUACGGAACAUAAUAACAGACCUCAUUAGUUCUCCAUUUAUGUAUUUUCUGUUUCUCAAGCUGUAAAAUCCAUCUCACAUUCAUCUGUAUUCGGCCUUCCAUGUAUUACCGUUAAGAAGUGCACAUGGCCUGAAGUGUAAUGGAGACUUUAAUUCUGUAAGCAGCAACAGCUCUUCUAGCUUCACGGCUACACUUUUCCCAGGCAGUCCUCAAUAUGGGUCAGAGAGACAGUAAGAAAAUCUUGCAAUUGUUCCGGCAGUGUACCGAGAGCUGAAAACAGGACAGCGUAAGGCCUCUUUUAGGAAAAGAAAUAGACGAGUAGGGACAGACAGGGCUACAGUCCCACUUUAAAGUGUCCAUUGCUUGUAGUUUAAUAAUGAUUUCUUUUUUUUCUUUACCUGCCACACAAUCACACAAGCACACCAGAAUGUAGCUGUGAACUUACUGUAAAAUAUUUGGGAAGAAAUGUACGUUGAUGUGUAGAAACUGCAUGUGAAUGCUCUUUUAUCACACCACUUGUUUCUCUAGCAUUUGCAGUAGCUAGCUAGUAAUGUAAGUGCCACGUCUGGCUGUAGGCUCCAGACAGUCCACAGUUACUCCGAGGUGUACAUACUCCUGCUCUUAGAUAUGUGACAAAUACAGUGUUCGCUAAGGGCUGUACUGCUGCCUAUGGUACUCUCUCCCACUAUAGCUCAGUCUAAUAACAAAUAGACUACAGUAACCUGGAGUUUCACCAGUGGGACUUUGUAUUGUUCAUCCUAUUACAGUACAAAAUUACAAAUGCAACUCUAAACAGUAUAUGGUAACAGCCACCUGACCUUCAGACAGAAAAGGACAUGUCCACAAUGCCUGAGUCAAACUGGAUCGAAAAAAGAGGGAGAAAGUACAGAACGGUGAAAAAAAUGCUGCUGUAAAUUAUUUGUUUUGGCAUGUAUUCUGCUGAUCUAAUAAAUGUCUCUUGUAAGAAGCUGCUCUGCA